CACCCCAAAAGCAUCAUGUUUAAUUGUUCUCUUUUGUUUUGUGUUCUCUUCUCAAAUCAUUAGUGGUUGAGAUUUUGGGACCCCCUUCUCUUUUAACAAUACAUGGCUGUAUCCCUCUAUUCUUUCAUAAAACCUCAGAUUUUGUCAUCACUUCACUAUAAUAACCAUCAUCACCACCACCCUCCUUCUCCUUUCCCCCCUUCCAUAAUCAUCAUUUUCCCGAAAGAAAAAACCCUUAACCCCCCUUUAGCCCUUUUUUCUUGCUUUGUUUUUUUGUUUAAUUUUAGUCCUCUUUCUUCUCCCCUUUCAAGUUUCAACCCUGCAAUAUAUUCAUCCUUCAUAAAAUAGAUUGGUUAAAAGUUUAAACCUGUAAAAAGAAAAAAAAUCUAAUUUUCUGUGUCUCCGUGUCUCUUCAAAAACACAUUUUUUUUUCUCUUUUUUAUCUUUCUGUUUCUCUCUCUAUAUAUAUAUAUUCAUAGCUUUUCAGACAUGGACUUGACCUCAAACAAUACCCACACCUUAGAUUCAGAUACUAAAACCCCACCACCAACCCAACCCACCAACACCAACACCCUAAAGUCACUAUCUUUAACCAACGGCACACACAACAACAACCACCACCGCCACCAGUCCACCACCAGGCUUCCUCCGCCGUCCAUGGCGGUUAUUUCCUACAAAGAAUGUCUCAAGAACCACGCCGCCAGCAUAGGUGGCCAUGCACUUGACGGUUGCGGCGAGUUCAUGCCUUCCUCCUCCACCAACCCCACCGACCCUCGCUCCCUCAAGUGCGCCGCCUGCGGCUGCCAUCGCAACUUCCACCGCCGUGACCCUCCAGAGCCUUCCAGCACCACCACCCCCACCUUUUUAAACUGCUUCUACUCCCCGUCCACCGGCACCAACACUGCACCACCACCGGCGCCGCCGCAACCUCUCCCUCAUCGCGGCAUGAGCCAAAGUACAAGCCCAAGCCAAAGCUCAAGCCCAAGCCAGAGCCCUAGCCCGAUGUCAAGCCCUUCUUCACCGCCACCACUGUCUCACGUGCCACCACCACCACCACCAUCAGCACCAGGUUCUUACCACUCCUCCGCACCGCACAUGCUCUUAGCCUUAGGCACCGCGUAUUCUGCAGUUCCUUCAGAUCACGAGCACCAACAGCUUCAUCGAAACUCCUUCAACAACAGCAACAACUUCUCUCCUGUGGUUCUGAACGCCAACAGUGGCGGCAGUAAUAGUAAUAGCAGUAAGAACAAGAGGUACAGAACCAAGUUCAGCCAAGAACAGAAGGAGAAGAUGUACAGAUUCUCUGAGAAAUUGGGUUGGAGAAUGAACAACAAAGGUGAUGAUUCUCUUGUUCAGGAGUUUUGUAAUGACAUUGGUGUCCCUAGAGGUGUCUUCAAGGUUUGGAUGCACAAUAACAAGAACACUUUCAACAAGAAGAGAUCCUCUUCUUCCGAACCUCCUCUUCCUCCUCCUGCUGCUGGAAACAACCACAUCAAUGAUCAUGAUCAGAAAAUCAAUGCUACUGCUGCUGCUGAUGGUAGUAAUAAUAAUAAUAAUAAGAAUGGAGAUAUCAAUAAUGUUGUUUCUCAUGUUCCUAUCAAUGCCUUGUCAUCUUAAUCUUCUUAUCUCUGCCGAGAAAAACUUAAUUAGCAUUUAUUAUCAUUUUUGUUUACUACUAGUACUACUCCUUCCCUUCUUUCUUUCUCUUUUCUCUUUUUAAUGUGGCUAAGUCUAUAGGAGAAUAUAAUCCACUU